AUGCAACAUAUCGUAGACUCUCUCAGUCGCGCACCACCCUUGUGUCCAACGGCACUGUGUGACCUGCUACCCAUAAUCGAUAUCAUUGUAACCUCCAUGUCGGCCACAACUGAGCACACAACAGACAAGGCUGCCAGCGCCGAAGUGAAAGACUUGACCAACCUCGAGAACAAGGAUCCUAUCGUCCAGAGCGAUCUACAAGGCGCAACAAGCGCUUCCAGCACGUCUGAUGUUUCGGACCAGAAAGCAGUGGAAAAUACUUCCCUAGAUCCAACUACGGGCACAGAUGAGAGCAAGGAUGUGCAGGGCAAGGAAACCACCGACGAUGAAUCGGAUUCAGACGACUCGGAUGUGCCUCACUUUGAAGGGGGCACUCCUCGCGGUCGCAUCCAAGGCCCGGUCGCCGGUAGCAAACCCAAACCCAGGCCAAAAUAA